AGCUGUAAAAAAAAAUGAGGAAGUAAGUUCAGUAUUGACCAAGUUUCUGUCGUGACAGACUUGCUCUCCUUUAAUCUGCUGCCAUAAGUUGAGUGUGAAAGCAUUGUCUAAUCCUACUUGACCAAAGGCUCGCAAGAUUAAAAAAAUUAAAAAAACAGUGACCCCCUCUGCAUCAAUGGCAGACAAGGAGCAAAUCAAACAGACUGCAGCCAUAGUGCUGGGCUGCUUGGAGAAAGUGUCCUCCUUCGCCUCCACCAUCAACCCUCUGUUUGGUAUCGUCACCACACUGGUUGGUGUAGUGAGGGAAGGGCUGGUGGAAGAUGAAGCCAACAAGCUGGACAAGGACUUUGAGCAGAUCCAUGACAAGUUGGAGAGCAUCUCGAAGCAGAACAAGAAGCUGCUGGACCAUAUCCGCAUUUCUGAGAUCGAAAAAAACUAUGGCGACUUGGAAAAGAACAUUGAGCACCAGUACCGAGCCUUCAAGAUCAUGGUGGACGGAGUCAGGAAGUACCCAGAAAAAGGCGAGUAUUACAGGGAGAAUUUCAAGAAAACCUAUAGAAAGCAGCAAGGCCGUCUGAAUUUGAAUGAGUACUAUCGAGCCGUCAUGGAAGAGCAAGGUCCUUUUGGGAGGCCAAUACUGAAAGAUUACCUCGAGCACUGCAAGAGAGACAGGGAGAUUAUGGAAGCUAGGUGCGCACAUCUGGCCUACCUCUUCCACAUCGGCCUCAUAGCACUAAUGGCCUACUAUGUAGUCACUGAGGAUGAUGAGGAUGAGUUCAGGGACGAAUGGAGCCCAAGGGUCAUCAACAUUGAGACCAAGAUGCAAGAAGCUCUGGAUGAGUGUAGCAAGAAUAAGUGACGCCAUAUGCACUAAAAUGUUGGUAAACCAUAGCUGUCUUACUUUCUGCUGCUUUAUAAUAGAGUCAGUGAUCAAUAACAUCAGUGCAAAUUAUGUUAUGAGCAAUGAGAACACUAUUCUUUUUCUCUUUUUGCAUUGUUUCUCUGCCUGCUUAUCGGAAUAGCACUAAAAAUUCCAAUAAUGUAUUCACGUUAACAAGCUUAUGCAAUGUCUUAUAUCACUGCAUAAAUCUAAAUGUGUUGCUUAUUCUAUAUCAAAGCUGCAUAUUUUGAAUAAUGGAUCA